AUGGCAGCCGUUGUUAAGAAUUCCAAUGUGUCUAUGAACACUUAUGAAAGUGGUAUAAAGCCCUAUUUUGAGCAAAAGAUUCAGGAAACUGAAAUAAACAUACGGGCAAAGACUGAGAAUUUACGUCGUUUGGAAGCUCAGAGGAAUGCUCUGAAUGAUAAAGUACGUUUCAUUAAGGAUGAAUUACGUCUAUUGCAAGAACCAGGCUCCUACGUGGGAGAAGUGAUAAAAGUUGUCAGUGAUAAGAAAGUUUUGGUUAAAGUUCAACCAGAGGGUAAAUACAUUGUGGACAUCUCAAAAGAUAUUAAUAUAAAGGAUUUGAAACCAUCACAAAGGGUAUGUCUGAAGAGUGAUUCUUAUACUUUACACAAAAUUUUAGAAAAUAAGGCAGAUCCUCUGGUUUCAUUAAUGAUGGUGGAAAAGGUACCUGAUUCAACUUAUGAUAUGCUCGGUGGGUUAACUAAACAGAUUAAAGAAAUUAAAGAAGUCAUUGAGUUGCCUGUGAAACAUCCAGAGUUGUUUGAAAGCUUGGGUAUUACACAACCUAAGGGUGUAAUUCUUUAUGGCCCACCAGGUACUGGUAAGACCCUUUUGGCAAGAGCAGUCGCACAUCAUACCGAUUGUAAAUUUAUCAGAGUCAGUGGUGCAGAAUUAGUACAAAAAUACAUUGGUGAAGGUUCACGUAUGGUUCGUGAAUUAUUCGUUAUGGCAAGAGAAAAUGCACCAUCAAUUAUCUUUAUGGAUGAAAUUGAUUCUAUCGGUUCAAGUCGUGUGGAAGGCUCAGGUGGUGGUGAUUCUGAAGUGCAAAGAACUAUGUUAGAAUUGCUCAACCAGCUGGACGGGUUUGAGACUUCCAAAAACAUUAAGAUCGUUAUGGCAACAAAUAGAUUAGAUAUCCUUGAUCCUGCAUUGUUAAGACCAGGUAGAAUUGACAGAAAGAUCGAAUUCCCACCUCCAACAGUUGCGGCAAGGACGGAAAUUUUAAGAAUCCAUUCUCGUAAGAUGAACUUAACUCGUGGUAUCAACUUGAGGAAAAUUGCAGAGAAGAUGAACGGUUGUUCAGGUGCUGAUGUUAAGGGUGUCUGUACUGAAGCGGGGAUGUACGCCUUGAGAGAGAGAAGAAUACACGUUACACAAGAAGAUCUGGAAUUAGCUGUCGGUAAGGUAAUGAAUAGAAACCAAGAAACCGCCAUCUCAUCUGCCAAAUUAUUCAAAUAA